AUGAAGCUGUUGGCAGCUUUGUUGACGUUUGUUCUGCCAGCCGGUAAGUGUCUGUGAACAACUUUAUAAAUAUUGUAAUAUUGUAGUGUCGGCAUUGAAUAACUGUACUAUCGAAGACUUGAAGGAAGCCCAAGCUGUGUUUGGAAAGAAGUUAGGCUUAGAUUCAGGCAAAGACUGGAAUCACCCUCUGGCACUAUUCGACGCCAUUCAAAAGUUUUACGCCCAAGAUGGAGUGAAGGGCAUUCUGGACGUAUGCAAGUGAGUAUCUGAUUGAGUACUGUAUUGUUGUAAUUGUAGUAUUGUUGAUGACUAACACAUAUAUACUUAGAAACAUUGAUACAUACUACUAUUUUUCCAAUAUAUGUAAUUAAAUAUAAAUGCCUUUAAUCAUCAAAUAUCAUUUUUUAAUCUGUCUUCAUAUUCCAGUGCCAUUAAUGCUGAAUUAGACUCCUUGAACAAAAAGGACAUCGACUUUAGAACCUGCUUCGACCCUCGCUUCUUGCUGAGCAAUGAUGACACUCCUGAACACGCCCUUCACUAUAUUAGUGUCGUAUCGUAUCUUCGCUUCCAAUGUGGUGCUGGAUUCUAUAGUAAGCUUUUUCAAAUUUUUUUAUUAUACUGUAAUAUCUUUGUUAUGAAUGAAUGUAACAAAUAAUUACAGCCGCAGCCCAAAACUGGGAAUGUAUCUCGAACACCUUCAGAGCAGCAUCUACUCAGCUACUGGAUGAAGUCACGAGUGUUGUGAAGAGACUAGCCAACACCGACUUGUUCGAAUUCGAAGUAGGGUUUGGCACUAAUUAUUAUACUAAAUUAGACACGGAUUUUGAGUAAUAAAAAGCUCUAAAUUAAAAUUUAGAAAUGCGACGUUAUCAAACAAGGGGAGCGUCCCUACUACAAGCCGUUCCAAGACCGUUGUAACUCCGGACCUGUUACCUACUUUGCCUGCGAAUCGUACAAUACUUUCUUCACUUCCAUCUACGCCGAUUGCAAGAGUGAAUGUAAAGGUAAGUUAUUAUAA